UUAAACAUGCACGCACACACCCCUUUAAACACGUCACUCGCCAGGCUGGCUGGCUGGCUGGCUGGCUAGUAUUUGGCGGUGUGGUGUGUGCGGUCGGACUGUGGUUGUGUUUCAGGUCUGCUCGUGUUGAUAACGACACACUUCGGACGCAUUUCAUCGCGGAGAGAUGGGAAUUCAGAAGAAAUGGCUCUAAAACAAAUUGCCCUAACGCUGCUGGCCCUGUUCGGGUUGGUGGCUGUCGGUAAUGCACUCCGUUGUAACUGCACAAACUGUGAGAAGACGGGCUAUGAAUGCGAGACAGAUGGCGCCUGCAUGGCCUCCACAUACAACAUCCAGGGGAAGGAGCAACAUGUGCGGAUUUGUAUCAACCGGGACAACCUGGUCCCCCCUGGACAACCCUUCUUCUGUCUGGGCGCUGAAGGCCUGCUCAACACACAUUGCUGCUACGAAGAUUACUGCAACAGUAUUGACCUGAAAGUCCCUGUCCCAACAAAGGAGGUGGACUGGUCAGGCCCGGGAAGCUCAUGGGGGCCGGUGGAGCUGGUGGCGGUCAUCGCGGGGCCUGUGUUUCUUCUCUGUGUGCUCCUGAUGGUUGGCGUGUUCCUGUUCCAGUAUCACCAGAGGGCCUACAGCCACAGGCAAAGGCUGGAGGUAGAGGACCCCUCCUGUGACCAUCUGUACUUGGCCAAGGACAAGACCUUGCAGGACCUCAUCUAUGACAUGUCCACCUCCGGAUCAGGCUCUGGUUUGCCCCUGUUUGUGCAGCGGACGGUGGCUAGGACCAUUGUGCUUCAGGAGAUAAUAGGAAAGGGUCGCUUUGGGGAAGUGUGGAGGGGGAAGUGGAGAGGAGGAGAUGUGGCAGUAAAAAUCUUCUCAUCCAGAGAGGAGCGCUCCUGGUUCAGAGAAGCGGAGAUCUACCAGACAAUCAUGCUGCGCCAUGAAAACAUCCUAGGUUUCAUUGCAGCAGACAAUAAAGACAAUGGCACAUGGACUCAACUAUGGCUGGUGUCAGACUAUCACGAGCACGGCUCUCUUUUUGACUACCUGAACCGCUACUCUGUCACCAUCGAGGGCAUGAUCAAACUGGCACUGUCAGCUGCCAGCGGCUUGGCACACCUACACAUGGAGAUCCUCGGCACUCAGGGUAAGCCUGGCAUUGCUCAUCGUGACCUCAAGUCUAAAAAUAUCCUGGUUAAGAAGAACGACAUGUGUGCCAUAGCUGACCUCGGCUUGGCAGUCCGCCACGAGUCCAUCACAGACACAAUCGAUAUAGCACCGAAUCAGCGCGUGGGCACUAAGAGGUAUAUGGCUCCAGAAGUCCUGGACGAAACCAUCAACAUGAAACACUUUGAUUCUUUCAAGUGUGCUGACAUUUACGCGUUGGGCCUGGUGUACUGGGAGAUUGCACGACGCUGCAAUGCGGGAGGUAUCCACGAGGAGUACCAGCUGCCCUACUACGACCUCGUGCCCUCUGAUCCCUCCAUAGAGGAGAUGAGGAAGGUGGUGUGUGACCAGAAACUGAGGCCCAAUGUGCCCAACUGGUGGCAGAGCUAUGAGUCGCUGCGUGUGAUGGGAAAGAUCAUGAGGGAGUGCUGGUACGCCAACGGAGCAGCCAGACUGACGGCCCUACGCAUUAAGAAGACCCUGUCUCAGCUCAGCGUGGAGGAGGACGUCAAGAUGUGAGCGGUCUGGUGGCGUUUUUUUUUUUUUUUUGAGCGGAAAAAAGACGUGCUGGAGACGCACAACCAGACCACACUCCUAUAGGAAACAAACACUAAAGACAGACUGCAAAUGAAAACCCUGCCAGUUUUAAAGCCACACUCCAAGUUGUGACGAGGCCUACCUCACCUUUUUAGCCAAAACUACUGAGUCACCCUUCCCAUCCUGACUUUUGUCCGUCCCGCCCCCCAAACCCUCGCCUCCCUUCGGUCCUUCCGUGUCUCCCCCCUAUUCCCUUCGACCCCCGUUCUCCAUGGGCCACAACACUACAGCACUACCACUGUUAAUAUCAUCAAACACAACCAUUUGUUUAUUGUUUUCAUUUCCCAUGGCAGGAAUUAUUACUAUUAUACAGUGACGGGAUUUUUGUGUUUUGAUCUUUUUUUACCUCUCUGAAAUCUGUCCCGUGACUGACUGACUGUCCAGAAGAGUCAAGAACGUUGUGGGUUUUAAGUUUAAAAAUAAUAACACUUUAUUUUCUGUUGGCCAUCACAUUCUGUGUGUGUGAGAGUGUGUGAGAGUGUGUGAGAGUGUGUGAGAGUGUGUGAGAGAGAGGCUGAAGCACUGUUUCUAGCCGUGUGUGUGUGUGAAAGGUGUCUGGACUACAAGCAUGUUUCUAAGACAAGAUGUCCUCUGGCAUACGCUGUAGUUCAUUAGACAAAAACCAGUAAUGGGACAUUUGGUAAUUAAGCAUGAACAGCCAGACUUAGCUUUUUAAUCCCUCACUUGAAUAUCCUACAAACAGAAAUUAGUUGCACUCAACUGUAGCUUCCUCAUCAUGUGUGAGACCUGCAGGUAUCACAUAACGGAUGUGGUCCAGUCCUGGUGUUAGUUUGAAAUGUGGCAGGGAUAUAAUGUUUGGGAUGGUUUUAUCUUUUUAUUUAUUUGUUGAUAGUUUUUAUUUCAUGUUGAUGAACACUGUGAGAUGAGAUGUGACAAGCCAAGAGUCUUUGGCAUGAAACAUGUAACAUUGUAGUUCAGUCCAAGUCUUCACCAACUUUCAGACAUUCGAUUCAGGGGGGUUGUCGCAUUCAUUCAAUAACAUACUGGGUGCAAACAUGGAUGCUGCCGUAACCCCGUUGGUGACAGGCGAUGACAUCGUGCAUACUGAGCAAAUAAGAGGCGUAUGAAAUGGCAAUGAAAAAAUACAGUUUGUUUUUUUUUUAAAUAUAUUUUUGUGUUUUGUGUAAAGACAUCAUGAUGGGUAUUUUCUUUUGACUUUGACAUUAGACACUACUGAUGAUGGGUACAUAUGAUUUUGUAUAUAAAACAUGCAUAUUUUUUUCCUUUAAUGCCACAAAGCACCGGUGUGACAUUGGAACAGUGAUUUUUUUUUUUUUUUUUUUUUUUUUUUUUUUUUUUUUGCUUGAAUGGUACUUUCAGAAGUCUGUUGUUUGAUCUGUCUGCAUGGUUUUCUAACUAUGCCAGGAAAUAGACCGUGUCAUCUGCUGGAAUUUGUUUUUUUAACUUGCUCCUCUUAUGGCAAUUUGGUGGUACUACUGAUCCCAGAUCAUUUCUGCUUCAACUUGUGUGUUUUUUUUUUGUUUGUUUUUUUAAAUGUAUAAUUGUUGAGUUCUUUUUAGAGCUCAGUAAUGCAGAUCUGUUCCCACACACGUUUCUCUGGGGUGACAUCUCUUUCUCAUAGACACUGGAAUAUUUAGGAGCAUCAUGUAACCUUGAAUUCUGAUACUGCCAAUGGCUAUUUAUUCAGAAAAACAGACAGCUGCUGACGGUUCACACACAGGGAACAUAUGGUUAGAUGUGAAGAGUAGUUGAGAUGUUUUACCUUCAAAGAACUGACAUGCUGUAAAGUGAAACUGCAUGUUUUCAUUCUACUUUGCUGUCUGCAGCCUCGAGUCUGUCUGCAGACAAAACUAUGAAAGUAUUACACUGACAUUUGUCACCAUUGGGCUCUGCACUGUUAUGUCCAUGUGGACUUUAGUUAAUGUUAGUUAUGUCAUCACUUGAUCCAGAAUCCAUAUGUCAUGUUAGUAUCCAUUUUGCAUGCUGUCUCAAACACUGGGUCCUCUGCACUGAGGUAGAUGAAUCUAAGACUUGUAUUUCCCUCUUCCUACCAGGUUUCUUUUUUUCCUUUUUAAAAUUUCUUGUUUGGGUCGUUGGCUGUGUACCCCAGAAAUGUUGCUGCUACUGAUAACAUGGGUAGAAGUUCAGCAGACAGAUCGUUUUUGAAGGAGAGACGGGAGGGAGAAAAUGGGAGGCUGCUGUCAGUUGAACCAAAAUUGUUUAAACACUCCUGUCCAUGUUUGGUUUGUUGCCAUGGGUAUAUGACCAUCAGACAUCCUGUUCAUAAGUAAUACUUCAAGAUUUCAAAUCAUGUUGUGCAAAAUCUUUUCAGAAUUAGUUGAAAAGUGUAUAUAGAUGAUAUACAAUAAAUUCCUCUUUUUCAUA